AUGAAGUUUUCGAGUAUUUUUUUUGUGCUAAGUUUGUACAGUACAUUUAUUUCAUCGAUAUCAUGCAUUUCACUACAUGAAUGCUUUCUAUCCUUACCUGAUUUGAACUUUCGAGAGAUUCCAAGAAAUCUUUACCAGUCACUCAUUCCAAAGAAAGCUUUGACAGAUGCUGAUUCUACUCUAAAGAUUCAGUCCUCUCUGGACAACGAUUAUUCUUUAAGACUAAGAACGGUGGAUCCGGCCAAGUUAGGCAUCGACUCAGUAAAACAAUGGUCGGGAUACCUAGAUUACAAAGAUUCUAAACACUUCUUCUAUUGGUUCUUCGAAAGUAGAAACGAUCCAAAGAAUGAUCCAAUUAUACUAUGGUUAAAUGGUGGUCCAGGUUGUUCCUCCUUUACUGGAUUAUUUUUUGAAUUGGGUCCCUCGUCAAUUGGUAAAGACAUGAGACCAAUACAUAACCUAUAUUCGUGGAACAACAACGCAUCUAUUAUUUUCCUAGAGCAACCUUUGGGGGUAGGCUUUUCAUAUGGUGAUGAUAAGGUUAGUUCGACUAAGAUGGCUGGGAAGGAUGCCUAUAUAUUCUUGGAAUUAUUUUUUGAAGCUUUCCCAAAUUUAAGAUCAAAUGAUUUCCAUAUAGCUGGCGAAUCGUAUGCCGGUCAUUAUAUUCCUCAGAUUGCUCAUGAAAUUGUGAUAGCAAAUCCAGAUAGAACCUUCAAUUUAACCUCUAUAAUGAUUGGUAACGGGAUUACUGAUGCAUUAGUUCAAGCAGAUUAUUAUCAACCAAUGGCCUGUGGUAAAGGUGGAUAUCCUCCAAUAUUAAGUGAACGUAAUUGUGAGAAAAUGAAGGGGUCCACAUCACGUUGCCACAGUCUGAAUGAACUUUGCUAUAAGAGUAAAUCAAGUCUACCAUGUAUCGUGUCGUCGACUUAUUGUGAUGCAGCAUUGUUCAAACCAUUUGAAGAAACUGGUUUGAACCCAUAUGAUAUUAGAGGACCUUGUGAAGAUACCUCUAAAGAUGGCAUGUGUUAUUUUGCGAUGAAAUACAUUGAACAGUAUAUGAAUUUCCCUGAAGUACAAGAAGUACUUGGUUCUGAUAUAGAGAGUUAUUCUGGAUGCAGUGAAGAUGUAUUUGCAAGGUUUGGAUUUACAGGGGACGGAAGUAAACCCUUCCAGCAGUAUGUUGCAGAAUUGCUAAAUGAAAACAUUCCUGUCUUGAUCUACGCUGGAGAUAAAGAUUUCAUAUGUAAUUGGUUAGGUAACUACGCCUGGACGAAUGCAUUGGAUUGGAAGGAUAAGUUUAGCUAUAGAAACAGUCCUUUGAAGAAAUGGACACAUUCAGAAUCUGGUGAAGAACUAGGUCAAUUGAAGAGCUAUAAUAAUUUUACGUUUUUAAGAAUAUAUGAUGCCGGACAUAUGGUUCCAUAUGAUCAACCUGAAGCGAGUUUGGAAAUGGUAAACAGAUGGCUUUCUGGCUCAUACUCUUUUAAUUGA